UUCCCCCUUCAACAGUGAAGUUCAGCCAUGAGAGUUCUGAAGGAGAGGAGAGAACUAAGAUCUCUUGUAGUGCGGACGGAAUCUAUCCUUCUCCUACAGCUAGAGUUUACUGGAAGGACGGCGGAUUAGACGGUGAGAGCGCAGAAACUGUCGUGGAGGAGAAUUCAGAUGGACUUUUCUCUAUUCUACUCUCUACAUCACUACACACAGAGUCCAUCAGAGGAGUACAGCUUGGCUGUGAGAUUUCUAUCCCUGGAACAGAUUUUAUCAUUAAAGAAGAACUAGUCAUCAGUCCUACAAUAAGUGCUGACCCGCGUAUCUCCUCAGGAACAUACUGUAUAAACCCCUGCUUUCUUCUCUUGCUGCUAGUCCUGUAUUGUACACAAACUGUACAGAUGUACACAACAACCCCAGCUCUACCAAUACACCUGUGAUAUUUUGUAUGUAACCAAAGACGAGCAUGAAUGAUUGAUUGAGUGAAAAUGUUAUUAUUUAUUAUUCAUUUUAAUAAAAUAUUAAAUUAUAU